AAUGCAGCCUUGGAAACAAGUAUAUUGACAAGUGUUCAUCAUUUCCCUUCAUCAUUUCCUGUCAGGCUUGAGACAAGGGACCACACACCCCCAUGCUCCAUUGUAUAGUAGGCUCUCCACUUUUGCAGGACUCUUAAAAGUAUAAAAAUCGCAAAUGAACAUCACAGCUUUUGUUUAAUGCGAAAGAGCACCUCGCAAGGCAUCACUAGGUCUGCUGGUUGCUGACCAUAUAAUUGUUCUGGGGCACCAGGAGAUUCCUAUAGAAGUAUUACCUCUUGGAAUUUUUAGAUCCUGUACUAUGGUAAAUUUCUGACUGGAGUUGACCAUAAAUUCACCCUGGAGAACUUAGGGAUUCCUAGAGAUAACAUAUUAAUCAAAUCUCUGAAUAAUCAAAUCCCCUCAAUUUUAAGCCUAUAAUGUGGAGAGCCAGUUGUACUGCAUUGGCAUCCACCCAUCCCUGACCUGGCUUCCAAAGCUUUUUUAUUCAGAUUUGUAUUGAAUUUGUAAAGCUUUUGUAUUCAGAUUCAUCAUGCUCCACAAGGGGAAAGCGACAGGCCAAAGCUGGAGACAAAGGAAGCAAAUAAAUAGCACUUCUGGAAACAAUUACAUGGCUGCAUUAGCCCAACUACAACUGCAUAGAGUAUUGACUUCCAUGAAAGAGGAAAGAAUCAUAAAGAAAAUGUGGCUAAGAAAAUUAGCGAGAUUAAAAAGAAAAGUUUGGAAAAGGCAAAAGAAGAAGAAAAAAUGUCUAAGGAAUUUGCAGCCAUGGAGGAAGCUGCGAUGAAGGCUUAUCAGGAGGAUUUAAAAAGACUUGGCGGUAAGGCAGAAUCUACAGGUCAGAGCGCAACACCAAAAAAGCAGGAAGUGAAAAAAGGAAAGAAAGAAAAGAAGAAAAAACAGACUGCAAACAUUUCAUCAGAAACAAAUGAGUGGGUGCGAGGAUUCUCUGCAGAGGGCUAUGUGUAUUAUUACAAUACACUAUCAGGAGAAUCGCAGUGGGAGAAACCGGAAGGAUUUCAAGACAAUACUGAAGGGUCCCAAACGUGGAUCGAAGGAACAAGCGAUAAUGGUCUUACUUAUUACUACAAUACAGAAACUGGAGCAUCAACUUGGGAAAAACCUGAUGGUUUUGUGUCUCACUCAAAAGAAAGCAAUGAAAAUAAAUGCCCUUCUAACAACAGCUUAGAAAUGGAAUCCAAAAGCGCAAAAGAAGAUAAUGAAAGUGAUCUACAGAAGCCAAAACAAGAUUUCCAGAAGAAGACAGAAAAGAAUGAUGAGACAGAGAAGAAGCCUCGAAAACCAAAAAAAGAUAGUCCUUAUGGAGAUUGGCAGGAAGUGAAACAGGAAAGCAAAGAGGAGGAGGAUGCAGCACCUCCUCUGCAAAAACCAACUCGUACAGCAUCUCAAACAACUAAGCCUUAUGGCGAAUGGGAGGAAAUUAAAGAAGAGGAAGAUCCAUAUGAAAAAGUGGAUUUGGAGCUUCCAGACACAGAACACGACUCUCCUGCUGCUCCCGUUCUGGAAAAACCAGAGGAUGCCAAGAUGAUAUUUAAAGAAAAAACUGUUACUUCUCUUGGUGACACAGCAGAGGGGGUACCUGUUUUUAAAAAACGGAAAUUUGAAAAUGGAAAAUCUAGAAACAUACGACAGAGACUGAGUGAUCACUGACCAUUGAACCUGAAAAUCUACACAUUACUUUGGUGGAAGAGGAAAAGGGUGAAACAAGGAAAUAUUUCAAACAUUUUCUUUAAAAAUGUUUAGAAACCAAGAUUCUUGUUCUCUUUUGAACAGUGUCUUUAGUAUACAUUGUUUUUAGGCAAUCCUACUUUUGUUUGAUGUAAAAUUUGUUUCAUUUAUGUAGUCAUGUAAAUAUAAUAUUUUUACAUACUGUA